CCAGUGGGGUCAUGUUAAGGAGUGAUGUGAAAAAGUGCAAAGAAAUACACAGAUAAAUAAGUAUUUUCACUGAUGCUGCUGUUUUGUGUUUUCGGGGAGGAGUAUCAACCAGCGCCAAUAAUAACCACCAACAGCAGCGGUUGAAGAAGCGAAUAACAAAUAAUAAUUGUGACUCUUAUGAAUAUUGCUCAGUCACCACCUAGUUAAGGAAAUCGAAGGUGUGAAAUAAAGCAAAAAAAAACGAAAUUGGUGAGAAGACAUUGCGACAGAUUGUCUACUUAACGCGACCCUCGUCGCCUAUUUGGCAACAGCAACAACGGCUGGGUGCUUCAACGACUUUGCUGUUUUGUUACCACGGUUUCGCAAGUUUUCCAAUGAGUCAGCCCAGCGGAGGGUUCCCGAGGAUCUAGUAAUCAACCCAUUAAGAAUAUCAAUGCACAUGUACUUUAAUAAGCAUCAAGAAUCAAAUACUGCCCGUCGUCCAUCUUUACUGCCACAGUUGCACAAAUAGAUUAUUUAACUAUAAUAUUUACUUGCAUACAUUCGCGCAUUUAAUUACAAUUUUGGUCUCGGUAGCCAAUUGCAAUUAACCAAUUCGCCUCCAAGUAGUUAGACAGACGAUAUUAGUUGUCACUACGUUUAACGACCCACUAGCACUACACUGCGAUGGGUAAUUGCUUGCAAUGCUUCCAGUCGACGUCCGAAAAUUCGGGUGCCCCGAGUGCUGCUUCAGCGCCCACCUGCCAAAAACCACACAUUGAAGAAACGGAUGAAUUGCUCUCGCCCAGAAGUCCACUCAAGAACGCAAACAAUUGUGAUACUAAGCGAAGUAGUUUUAAGAAGUCUUUGGUUCUGCUUAAUGGAAACGCCGCCACAAUGAGUGAUAUAAUAACGACGGCCGUUAAGGAAACACUGGAAGUAUCCGACAACACACUUAAUCAGCUUUUUGAAGAGUAUAAAGAUCCCGAAGAAGAUAUGAUACUCACAGAGGGUAUUGAGCGCCUUUGUCAUGACCUUAAAUACCAGCCGGACGAAUUCGCUAUUCUGGUGCUGGCCUGGUGUUUGGAUGCAUCUCAAAUGUGCCGCUUUACCAAGUCCGAAUUCAUUGAGGGCUUACAUAAGAUGUGUGCAGACACUAUCGACAAAAUACGUAUAAGACUGGAGCAAACGAUUGAAAUGCUCAAAGUGGACACGGAAAUGUUUAAGCAGCUGUAUCGAUUCACAUUUCGCUUCGGCUUAGAGCCUGAUCAGCGCAUUCUCUCAUUGGACAUGGCCAUUAGCCUUUGGAAAUUGGUGUUCACGGUGCAUACGCCAGAACUGCUCAGAAAUUGGAUACAUUUCCUCGAGCAGCACCCCAGCAUACGUGGCAUACCGAAGGAUACGUGGAAUAUGUUUUUGAAUUUCUCCGAACAAUGUGAUAUCAAUAAUUACGACGAUACAGAAGCAUGGCCGAGCUUAUUCGACGAUUUCGUCGAUUACGAACGUUCCCGUCUAACUACGCUCACUGAAGUUGAAGAAAGCGAAGUAGCAGUCGAUAGUGGUUAUGGAGCGACUGCGGUAGUCGGUGAACCUGUAGACAACACGCAGUUAGAGACAUGUGUUGCAGCCGCCUAUGUCGAUGAUGACAACAACAAUGAUGAUUUUAGUCGACAAGGGCAUCAGCAUGUGAUGCACGCGCACGAUUCACAAUUAGGGAAGGCGGGAACAACAGGAACGACGGGCGUUCGCAGCGCCAACGAUGAUAUAUUAUAGUAUUAAACACUUGUUCAUGGAACGACGGGUAUAUCGAUAUGUUGCGAUGAUUUGAAAAUUGCUUCUUUUAUUUAUUUUUUAAUGAAGCAAAAGUCGAGAAACAAAGGGCUAGAAAGAUGAAACAACUACAUAGCCGCAAAGCUUUUCGAGGACGACAUUUGCAUUUGCGUUUGCUUAACGCACUGCUCAUUCGAAGAUCUCCUUUUAUUAUUAUUAUUAUUAUAAUGAACAAAUAAUUCAUUUAUUUUGUGCUAUAUGCACAUUCAUACUAGACUUGAAUAUGAACGAAUAACGCUUUUCCAGUGAGCAAUGUGGUGCGUUAGAGUAAGUUUUAACUAUAAACCAUUUCAUUGCAUACACAUAUACUAGUUUUACUUAACUUUCCAACACCUUUUCAUUAUGUAGGGCACAUUCCCAAUACCUUCGAAAAUGCAAUAUAAGACUCAUUGGCAACUAAGUAACUUAGGAUUAAAUGGGAUAUAAGCAAAGUCAAUAUGUAGAUGUUGUAAGAGAAAAUUACGUGCCUCACGAAUAACAUUACCUGGUUUCUUUCUGUUGCAACCUUUGUUGAAAAGCAGAGUGUGCAUUAGCAUAAUUUUGCCAAAACUAUUGAAUAGCAAAAUUAUAUAGUUGUAACUGAUUUAUUUCAAUUGCACACUUAUCGUUUUAUUUAAUGAAAUAAUCAAAUCAAUUUACUUGACGGACAUGUUUGGGUUUUCAGCAGUACAUUUGAAUGCACCACAUACAUACACUUAUUUAGAUAAGAUAAGACAAGAUGAUCAUUAAUGUAUCCCAUUUUAAUUUACAUAAAUGCAUAUAUAGUAUGUUGAUAAAUUUUUGUUAUGGCUAAUUUUGUUUUGUACAUAAAUACAAA